CGCCAUCAGCGGGCACUUGAAACAUCGUCAAUCGUAGAAGAAACGCCCGGCCGGCGCCGUCGCACCAAGCGGAGACACCAUUCCUGAGAUUUUCUAGUUUUUAUGCAUCUCCACCCUCCCGUAUUCAGUGUGGUGGGUAUCUAUUUCCGGCCUUUGAAUUUCGUCUCUGUUUAUGCGAGAUCGUGUUCGCCACUUGUUCGACGAAUUGACCCAAAGGGACCGGCGUGAUUGUCUGUUAUUUUGAGAUUCCCAAAUGCGAAUUUAUGCGCGCGGUGGUUUGAUAAUCUUUCUGAGUAGUCCAGUGCUUUGCUUUAUGAGGUGUUGGUUUUGCCAAAGAAUUUAGCUUCAGAAAUGAUGAACCUUGGGAGUGGAAGCUGUGGCAGAAAAACUCCUGAGGAAGUCAUUGAAUCUGAAGUUUUCCAAACCCAUCAUCACCAUAAUAAAGCUCAUCACUACCACCAUGUACCGUUUGAAGUCAUUUUGCUUGUGCUCAUAUUUUUGGUUGUCGGCCUUUCCUCUCUUGUGCUUUAUAAUUGGGCACACUAUAUACGCAUCUCUCCGAAUUCAUUUGGUCAUUUAGAUUCACUUAAUGAAGUUUCGCCAGAUACCUUUCCUCAUACAUCUCAUAUCAAUAUAGACUCCUUGGAAGGAGAUGACAACGAUUUGGUGAAAGUACUCAAAAAGGCAGCUUUUAUGGAUAAAACUGUUAUCAUUACGACGUUAAAUGCAGCAUGGGCAUCUCCAAAUUCAAUUUUUGAUUUAUUUCUGGAGAGCUUUAGAGUUGGGAACCAAACCCACCAUCUUUUGAAUCACCUGCUUGUGGUUGCAUUAGACAAGAGAGCCUAUUCUCGCUGUUUGGAAGUACACUCAUUUUGCUAUGCUCUUCGUACAUAUGGCGUGAAUUUCACAGGAGAAGCACAUUUUAUGAGUUUGAGUUAUUUGGAAAUGAUGUGGGCUAGGAUUGAUUUUCUGAGAAUUGUAUUGGAGAAGGGUUACAACUUCAUUUUCACGGACGCCGACAUAAUGUGGCUCCGAAACCCAUUUACGCAUUUCCACAAAGAUUCCGAAUUCCAAAUUGCAUGUGACCAUUUCAUCUCCAACUCGUCACCCCUAAACAUUCCCAACGGGGGUUUCAACUUUGUAAGAUCAAGCACCCGGACAGUCAGAUUCUACAAAUUCUGGUACACUUCGAAAGACAUGUACCCUGGCAGCCACGACCAAGAUGUCCUAAACAGAAUAAAGCUCCACCCGUUCUUAACCGAACUCGGCCUCCACAUUACCUUCCUGCCCACCACUCUUUUCAGUGGGUUUUGUGAACUCAGCGACGAACUCGACCUCGUCGUCACUGUUCACGCCAACUGUUGUGUCGGUCUUGAAAAUAAGAUUCACGACCUCAGACUCGUGCUCGAUGUCUGGAAAGAGUAUACAUCAAUGUCGCACGCCGAAAGGGAGGCGCCUGGCUUGGUAUUUUGGGGACUGCCACAGCUUUGUGGCAAUGUGGGAAGAAUUGCAGGAGACAUCUCAAUAGGGGUAUAAGAAAUGCCACUGUCUUAGCUGGUGAAUA